AGAGUUGUCAUUCAUUUGAAGAAAAUUACGAAGAAGUGAAAUCAGGGUGAGAUAAGAAAAGCAAAGGAAAGAAACAGACACGUAUGUUUCUUUCAAGCAGCUUGAAGAUGAUUUUUCUAAUGUUGGUCUUUCUUGUGGGAGGGUUACGGAAGACUGAAGCUAUAUCAAUAACAGGAGAAUUGGGAAAGGAUGUCACAAUACAAUGCUCUCACUCCAACGCAUUCUACAAAGUCAAAUAUUUCUGCAACGAAGCGUGUAACGAUGAAGGUAUCUUAGUAAGUAGCGUGAAAGUAGAUUCAAAUAAGAAAUACAGUAUCAAAAAUGAAGGAAACACAUUCCACGUGACCAUCUCUCAUCUGACGGGGGAGGACUCAGGAACUUACUGGUGUGGAAUAGAAAGAAUUGGUUUCGACACAUACAGCAAAGUAGUCCUCACAGUCACAGUCAUAGACGAAAAAACAAAGACCCCCAAAGACGAUUUUUCAGAGAUGUUGUUGUACAUCGGAGUAGGACUCGGGGGGGUUGUGCUGAGUCUGACGACGGCCCUUCUACUAUUCUUCAGACUUCGAAACAGAGACAUCCACGCAUCUUCUGGUGAGGACCAUAACACGGUUUAUGCAACACAUUCCAGUCAGAAACAAGAUCGAAACCCUGUCACUACUUCCUCUUCAACAGCCAAUGAGGAUCAAGAAACAAAGUCCAACGUCAGCACUUCAUCCGAGUCUCAGAAACAACCAGACGGCCUCUUCUACUCCACUGUUAGCUUCAGCAAACACCCAGACUGCAGCACUACUCAUCACAGAGCAACAGAUGAAUCAACAGUAAUUUACAAUGUCUGAACUCAGCGCUGAGCAUCUUCACUGUUAAGUGCUACAACAGUUACAGUACCCACCAUUCACACAUUUCUGUAGGUCCACAGGUUGUUGUGAAAUAAUUAUUACCAUUCAUGCAGGACAGAUACUAUUAUAGGAAAUAUGUAGACAAGUCUUCUAAAAUAAUGUAUUAAAAGUAUAUAUAAUAUUUCAGUAGAUUUAAGAUUUAAAGCUAAUAAAAAUUACAUUGUAAAAUCAAUAAAAACAAUUAAUUCUCCAAGUCA